AAGAAAGUCCAUGGCGAAGGGAACAGAGACCACGCGCUCGUUGAGCCGCCUCCACGCAACCAACCUCCUUCCUACGCCUACCAAAAGACCACUGACUCGAAUAAAACUAAAAACCAAAUCCCCAAAUCCAGCCCGUACUUGAUCCCUCGAACACUUCUCCAGCAUCCGCAUCCCACUUCGCCAUGAAUUCGCUCCAGUCCUUCCUCGCCGUCGCGCCCGUCAAGCCGGCCGCGGCCGGCGCCAGGCUCCCGUCGUCGUCGUCCUCUCGAUGGGCGCGCGUCUCCGCCUGCCUCGCGACCCCGGCGCCGCCGGCGCCUACCGCCGCCAAGCGGCGGGAGCUGUCCGCGGCGAGCCUGGCCGUCAUGGCGGACGAGGCCAAGUACCUGGUGGGCACCUACAAGCGCGCGCAGGUCGUCUUCGUCUCCGGGCGCGGGUGCAAGCUCUACGACAUCGACGGCCGCGAGUACCUCGACAUGUCCUCCGGCAUCGCCGUCAACGCCCUCGGCUACGGCGACGCCGAAUGGCUCCACGCCGUCAAGGGCCAGGCCGGCGAGCUCGUCCACGCCAGCAACGUCGCCUACACCGUCCCCCAGACGGUGCUCGCCAAGCGGCUCGUGGAGUCAUCCUUCGCCGACAGGGCCUUCCUGGCCAACACCGGCACGGAAGCCAACGAGGCGGCCAUCAAGUUCGCCAGGAAGUACCAGCGGGUCGCGCACCCCGGCGGGGGCGCGCCCACCGAGUUCAUGUCCUUCUCCAACUGCUUCCACGGCCGGACCAUGGGGUCGCUCGCGCUCACCAGCAAGCAGCAGUACCGCGAGCCCUUUGAGCCGGUCAUGCCUGGCGCGGCAUUUGCGGAGUACGGCAACUUGGAGGAGGCCAAGAAGGUGAUACGGUCGGGGAAGAUUGCCGCUGUGUUUGUCGAGCCCGUGCAGGGUGAAGGUGGAAUUCACAGCGCCACCAAGGAGUUCUUGCAGGGGCUGCGAGCUGCUUGUGAUGAGGCUGGGACACUCUUGGUCUUCGAUGAGGUGCAAUGUGGUCUUGGGCGCACAGGUUCCCUCUGGGCUUAUGAGAAUUUUGGAGUUGUACCUGACAUGAUGACCUUGGCAAAACCACUAGCCGGCGGCCUUCCUAUUGGUGCAGUCUUGCUCACUGAAAAGGUUGCUGCUGCCAUAAACUAUGGCGACCAUGGUACCACAUUUGGCGGAGGCCCUUUUGUAUGUGCGGCUGCACUAGUCGUAUUGGACAAGAUCAACAAGCCAAGCUUCCUAGCAGAGGUGACCAAGAAAGGAGAAAACUUCAAGCAGCUGCUCCGUACCAAGCUGAGUGGAAACCCUCAUGUGAAAGAGAUCCGGGGAUUUGGUCUCAUUGUUGGCAUUGAGCUCGAUGUACCGGCUGGUCCUUUAGUCGAAGCGUGCUUGGACGCUGGUGUCUUUUUGCUGACAGCCGGAAAAGGCAAUGUUGUGAGGCUUGUGCCGCCGCUCAUCAUCUCGGAGAAGGAACUGGAGCAAGCUGCAGAUGUGAUAAGGGAAUGUCUACCUGCUCUCGACACCCCUGCCUCGUAGUGUAAAGGAUAUCUGCUGUUCCUUACCGCUAUAAUGAGAUAUGUAUCCUGAAGUUUCUUUCAAAAAUUGGAAGGAAAUAAUGUCAUGUUUGAGUCAGCGCGUUCUGAGUACUGUUCUUGGUGUAAGUAAAUGAUUUAUCAGGUACUGUCUCCUGUGUUCCAAUAACGAGGACGGCAGCAUCAUUCCUCAUCUCA